GCCACCGCCUGCCCUUCCUCGAGAUGUUCCGCUGGAGCAUCGGCCGCUUUUGUGGAGGGGAAGAGCAGCGGGUUGGCACUCGCACUAUACACAUUGGUCACCACCGAGCCCCAGAAGCAGAUGCAUACAUGGCCGAGAAGUUUUGUGAUAACCGGAUUGUGUCCUCCAAGUAUACAAUUUGGAACUUUCUUCCAAAGAAUCUUUUUGAACAGUUUCGAAGAAUUGCCAAUUUUUAUUUCCUGAUCAUUUUCCUAGUCCAGGUCACGGUAGAUACACCAACCAGCCCAGUGACCAGUGGACUCCCGCUUUUCUUCGUGAUAACUGUCACUGCCAUUAAACAGGGAUACGAAGACUGGCUCAGACACCGAGCUGACAAAGAAGUGAAUAAAAGCAUUGUCUAUGUUAUUGAAAAAGCAAAGCGAGUGAAGAAAGAGAGUGAAGCUAUCAAGGUUGGUGAUAUUGUUGAGGUCCAUGCGGAUGAAACGUUUCCUUGUGAUAUUAUCCUCCUGUCAUCAAGCAAUGAUGAUGGGACCUGUUAUGUUACAACAGCCAGUCUUGAUGGGGAAUCCAACUGUAAGACGCAUCAUGCUAUCCCUGACACCAGUUCGUUUAACACGGCUCAUUCCAUUGAUACCCUCCAAGCCACGAUCGAGUGUGAACAGCCUCAGCCUGACCUGUACAAGUUUGUUGGGAAGAUCAAUAUCUAUAGUAAUAAUGCAGAACCCAUUGCCAGGUCUUUGGGACCUGAAAAUCUAUUGCUGAAAGGAGCUACUCUAAAAAAUACCAAGAAGAUUUAUGGAGUUGCUGUUUACACAGGAAUGGAAAGCAAAAUGGCUUUGAAUUACCAAGGGAAAUCUCAGAAGCGCUCCGCUGUGGAAAAAUCUAUCAAUGGCUUCCUGAUUGUGUACUUGUGCAUCCUCUUGUCCAAAGCUGCUAUUUGCACCACAAUGAAGUAUGUGUGGCAAAGUGUCUCCCACAAUGAUGAGCCUUGGUACAACCAAAGGACUCAGCAUGACCGAGAGACUGUAAAGGUUCUGAAAAUAUUCACAGACUUCUUGUCAUUUAUGGUCCUAUUCAAUUUCAUUAUCCCUGUUUCCAUGUAUGUUACUGUGGAAAUGCAGAAAUUCUUGGGGUCCUUUUUCAUUGCUUGGGAUAAAGACUUUUAUGAUGAAGAAAUACAAGAAGGUGCUCUGGUGAAUACAUCUGACCUCAAUGAAGAGCUUGGGCAGGUGGAGUAUGUAUUUACUGACAAAACUGGAACCCUUACUGAAAACACCAUGGAAUUUAUAGAAUGUUGCAUAGAUGGGCACACGUAUAAGGAGGAAACUGCAGAAACGGAGACAUUCUCUGAAACUGAUGGAAUUCAGCCCGUUUCUGGAAGAGCAGAAAAGAGUCGGGAACAGCUCUUUCUCCGUGCCCUGUGCCUGUGCCAUACUGUGGAAACCCAAGUAAAUGAUGAUGUUGACGGAAUCGUCGAAGAGACUGAAUUAACGUAUAUCUCCUCAUCUCCUGAUGAAAUUGCUUUGGUAAAGGGGGCUAAGAAGUAUGGAUACACCUAUUUGGGAAUUAAGGAUGGCCGCGUGAAAUUGGAAAACCAACAAAAUGAAAUUGAAGAGUUCAAGCUUCUCCAUACUUUACACUUUGAUUCUUCCCGGAGACGUAUGAGCGUGAUUGUGAGAAAUGCCCGAGGUGACAUAUUUCUUUUUUGUAAGGGAGCAGACUCCGCUGUUUUCCCCAGGGUGCAAAGGGACCAGAUAGAACAGACUAAAGUCCAUGUGGAACGCAAUGCAAUGGAUGGAUAUCGAACAUUGUGUGUGGCCUACAAAGAAUAUACUCUUGAGGAAUAUCAUGCAGUUGACCGGCAGAUCCUUGAAGCCAAGAUGGCUUUACAAGAGAGAGAAGAAAAGUUGGCAAAGGUUUUCGAUGACAUAGAGACUGACAUGAAUUUAAUUGGAUCUACUGCAGUAGAAGACAGGCUUCAGGAUCAAGCAGCUGAGACUAUUGAAGCCUUGCACAAGGCAGGUAUGAAAGUAUGGGUGCUCACUGGGGAUAAGAUGGAGACUGCCAAGUCUACCUGCUAUGCCUGCCGCCUCUUCCAGACCAACACUGAACUCUUGGAGCUGACCACUCGGACCAUCGGAGAUAGUGACAGAAAAGAAGAUCAUUUGCACGAACUGCUGGUUGACUACCAUAAGAAGCUGCUAUAUGGAUUCCCCAAACGUAGAAGCAUCAGAAAAGGGUGGGGAGAACACCAAGAAUAUGGAUUGAUAAUUGAUGGAUCAACUUUGUCACUUAUAUUAAAUUCUACCCAAGAGUCCACGUCAACUAAUUACAAAAGCAUCUUUAUGCAAAUCUGUAUCAAGUGCACGGCUGUCCUCUGUUGCCGGAUGGCCCCUCUACAGAAAGCACAGAUCGUCAAAAUGGUGAAGAAUAUUAAGGGCAGCCCAAUCACUCUCUCCAUUGGCGAUGGUGCUAAUGAUGUUAGCAUGAUCCUGGAGUCCCAUGUGGGAAUAGGCAUCAAAGGCAAAGAAGGUCGCCAGGCUGCAAGAAACAGUGAUUACGCGGUUCCCAAAUUUAAGCACUUAAGGAAACUGCUGCUGGCCCAUGGACAUUUAUACUACGUGAGAAUUGCACACCUGGUGCAGUAUUUCUUCUAUAAGAACCUCUGUUUCAUUCUACCGCAAUUUUUGUACCAGUUCUUCUGUGGCUUCUCCCAACAGCCAUUGUAUGAUGCUGCUUACCUUACGAUGUACAAUAUCUGCUUCACUUCGUUACCGAUCCUGGCCUACAGCUUGCUGGAACAGCACAUCAGCAUUGACGUUCUCACCGCUGAUCCCAGAUUGUAUAUGAAAAUUUCUGACAACGCCAAGCUAAAGUGGGGCCCUUUCUUGUACUGGACGUUUCUGUCUGCCUUUGAAGGAACCGUGUUUUUCUUUGGUACUUACUUCCUUUAUCAGGCUACAACUUUGCAAGAGAAUGGAAAGGUUUAUGGGAACUGGACUUUUGGAACUACUGUUUAUACAGUCCUAGUAGUCACUGUAACACUGAAGCUUGCCAUAGAUACUCGGUUCUGGACUUGGAUCAAUCACUUUGUGAUUUGGGGUUCCUUAAUCUUCUAUAUCUUUUUCUCAUUCUUCUGGGGAGGCAUUCUCUGGCCUUUUCUCAAGCAGCAAAGGAUGUAUUUUAUAUUUGCCCACAUGGUGACUUCUGUAUCAACAUGGCUGACAAUGAUUCUUCUGAUAUUUGUUGGUCUUUUCCCUGAGAUUCUUAUGAUAGCGGUUAAAAAUGUCAGGAGAAGGACUCCCAAGGCCUCGAAUUUGGAGCUGCCUAUGUUAGUGUCCUACAAGACUAUUGGCAAUGGUUACGUCUAAGACAAGAUGCUGGAAGAGGCUGCUGCAAAAAAAUGUUAUCAUCUCAGGAUACUUGAAAUGCAAGAACUUGAACUCAUGCCUGUUUUCACUUCUGGGGCCCAGGAGGAAGGCCCUCUGGGAGCCAAAUGAAUAGAAAUCCUUAAAUGAUAACGCCAUUAUUGUAAGCAGUCUUGCUCCCCUGAAGUAUCACGGAUGGGGGGGGGUAUUACUAGGGCAAAAACCUUGACAGUCUAAGAAAUGCAUACCAUCAAGAUUAGCUAAAAUUCGACUGUAACUCAACAAACUUUAAUACAAAUGACAAAAUGGGUGCUGAAAACAAACAAAAAAAUCCUUAACUCAAGCUAUGAGUUAAAGAACAUGGAAUUUAAAUGCUGUAAUGUAGGAAUCAUGUAAUGAGAAUGACUGCAUUUUGCUGACAUUACUUUUUUGCCUGGCAAAAGAAAUAGCCUGUCUCAAUCACUCGUUUUUGUUUUCUCCUGCUGAAUGAGAUAAAUAUUUAAGUCACCAAACUCCACCAAAAGUAGUAUAUGAAAAGGUUGGAGUAAAUGUUUUUCAUUGUGAAAUGUGUUGAUUGCAAAACCCCCUCUGUGUAUAUCGGGGAAGCCGUUAAGUGUUCUCUGUUUGUGCAUAUGCCAAAUCGUGUCCUGCUCUGACAAACUCGCUGGAAAAACAUAUAUGUCAAACACCUCUGUGGAGAGAAGGUUAGCAGCAGAUAAUUCUGCCGAAGAAGGAAACUUUGGUCCUUGCCUUUUUCUGUUCUGCUGACCAAACACCACCCUGAGUGGUCUUAUUACAUUUGAAGAUGCUCCAUCACUGUUUCAUAUCACAUAAGGUUAUUGAAAGUCAUUUUGAAGCAAACAGAACACAAGUCAUUACUAUGGACAUGAGAGAGGAAGGUGGGUAAAAAUUAUAUUUGCACAAAAAAUCAAUGUAAUCAUAACAUUGUAUGUUUUAUGUUGAGAAGGAAAACGUUUAUGAUGUCUGUUAGAAACCUGCUGUCUGUGAAUUAAUGUCACACUAAGAUUGCUGCUCAACCCCUGAGACCAUGACAGAGUCACCAUGAAUAAGUGACUUUCUCCCUUCUCUCAUCUGACUCAAGUCAUGGUAGACCCCAAUUCCGUUGGCCUGUAUGGAAGAUGUAACCCCUAUGAAAAGUUAGUAGAAAACAUGGAAGGAAGUACAUGAGAACUAUAUACACUUUGUUCUUUUUUUUU